AUGUGGGUGUCUUCGUUAACGCAUGAGCAGGUUUUAGCAGUUCUACGAAAUGCCGGCUCAAAUCUACACUUACAAGUUGAAUAUGAUCUCAACAGUGAAUAUUUUGAACGUUUCACCACAUGCGGUGAGGAUACGAUGAGUAGUAAAUGUACGGAUAUCGUGAUCGAAAAGGAACGGGGUAGUUACGGUGUGACGCUGCGUGGUGGAGCGUAUGGACCGGACCGGGAGAAGUCUCGUCCGAUUACAGUCACAAAUAUUCGUGCUGGUGGGCCUGCACAUAGGCUGGUGGGUGAUCGUGUGUUGUGUAUCAAUGGUGUGGAUGUCUUUAGUGCCACAUUAGCAGUUGCACAGCGUUUGCUUGAAGAAUCGUUAGGCAGUGCAACGCUCACCAUCGAAUACGAUGUGGUGUCUGUUUCGGAAAGCAUUCGAAAAGCCACCGGUGCGUUGUUGGUUGAAAUUGAUAAAGCGCCUGGAGCAUAUUUGGGUUUAGAGCUGCAAAUUCGUGAGGUACUCGAUCUGGAGCAACAGUAUUAUGGACGCAAUGAGAUGACGACCACGGCUCAACGACCAUAUGACAACCAACAGUCGUCAUUAUCGCCUUCUCAUCGCGCCAUUCUUGUUGAUUCGAUCACACCAGCUUCGAUUGCAGAUAGAUGUGGAGCGUUGCAUUGUGGCGACGAAAUAAUUUCGGUGGAUGGUUUGGCGAUGGACUAUACGACACUGGCUGAAGCAAGACAAUUACUGCGAAGUGCAUCGGCAAAAUGCAGACUCGAGAUUAUGCCACACUCGCAGAUGCUCAUCAACAACAACAGCAUGAAGAAAUUCACAUGGAUUGGUGAUGGAAAGAAAAAGAUUAAAGCCAUAUCAGAGGCAUAUUCACGAAAGAGUACUCUAAAUGCUGCUACUGUUACCGGUGUGGAGCCGUCUCAUCGUUACCACUCCACCGCAGAGAUGUUCGCAUCGCCAACAGUGAUUCGAAGGCAUGUAUUGCCGCAGCCGCAACCAAGAGCGAAAUCACACGAUCGCGCAUUAUUGAUGAGCCAAUCAACGCAUUCUUCAAACGAUGUGAAUGCAAAUAUCUGUGGCGGCCGGCGAUAUAUAUCACAACCGUCUACAUCGACACCAGCUGCAGCAGUACAACAACGAGAAGGCAGUGAACCGAUAGCCGCGCAAGAAAANGAUGUGAUAUUUCGACGAGGUUAUGCACCUACCAGGAGGAGAGCCGUUGGUGAGCAGCUGAUGAGCGCUAGGCGAACUAGCGGUCGACGAAUCAGCGGCUCAGUGCCGAAUAUCCGGCAUGAUGACGAUGCUGGUGGUGGCGGUGGCCAAGGCGACGGGCUCGAGCCAGGCGCUCAGGCAGGAACAUCAGACCGUUCUGGUUCGGCGAUGAACGGUGGCAACGGUCAAUUUACCUCAUCGGGAGAUGCGACCACAUAUCACCACUAUAAUUACGCGUCUGAACACGGUGCUGGUGCUGUUCAGAGUGUGAUGAGUAGUAGUUAUAGUGGGGAUAUGAGUGCGAGUAAUGAUAUUUUGAAUAAUAAUGCUAACAGUAAUAGCACUACUGGUAAACGUCGUUUUUCGUCUGUCGUAUCGACGAGCUUACGACGGCAAUUGGACGGAGGAGAGUUUAGCGUUAGCUGUCGUCGUCACUUGGGUGGUAAUAGGAGUAUGAAUGGGCUUGAAAGAAAUAAGUUGUAA